AUUUCGAAUUGAAAUGUUGAUCAAAUGAAAAAACCCUAGUAUAGUAUUAGUGUAUAAUAAGCACAUUGAAUAGUCUCAACAGAGCGUAAACACGGGUUAGAUCUUCGGCGACAAUCUUCAUCUUCCUACUCUCACCAAUCAAUCAAUAACUUCAUCUCCAAAAAUCAACAUGUCGUUGGUAGCAAACGAAGAGUUCCAACACAUUCUUCGUGUAUUGAAUACCAAUGUUGAUGGAAAACAGAAGAUUAUGUUCGCUCUUACCUCAAUCAAAGGUAUUGGCAGACGAUUCGCUAACAUUGCUUGCAAAAAAGCUGAUGUCGACAUGAACAAGAGAGCUGGUGAAUUGACUGCUGCUGAGUUGGAUAAUAUUAUGACUGUGGUUGCCAAUCCUCGACAAUUCAAGAUCCCUGAUUGGUUUUUGAAUAGGAAGAAGGAUUACAAGGAUGGCAAGUAUUCUCAGGUUGUGUCAAAUUCACUCGACAUGAAAUUGAGGGAUGAUUUGGAGCGCUUAAAGAAAAUCAGAAAUCACCGCGGUUUAAGGCACUACUGGGGUCUUCGAGUUCGUGGACAGCAUACUAAGACUACCGGUCGCAGGGGAAAAACUGUUGGUGUCUCGAAGAAGCGAUGAAGUUUUUCUG